UCCAACUGGUGAUCUCUACUGCUUCGAAUCGAAAUUGAAAUUUGAAGAACAAGGUUUAAAGGAAAAGAAAACGAGAACAAUAUGAGUUUGAACCGAGUUUGGGUGGCGGCGAGCGUCGCCUUCGUUAAUAACCACUCCGAUCAAGGUCAGAAACUGAAAUCUGGCCUCAGAUCCCUUAACCAGACCAAAAAAUGCUUCUCUUCUUCUUCUUCUUCUUCAUCUUCCGCAUCCGAUCUCCGGCCACUUUCCGGCUCCGAUCUUGGAGGAUUCGUCGGAAACGGGAGCGGAGAGGAUCGGAUUAAGCAGGCCGAUGACUCGCUCAGGCAAGUCAUGUACUUCAACUGUUGGGGACAGGGUUAACGAGGCGCGGCGUUUCCGGCCGCUAUAAAACAACACAACGGAGUAGUUUGCCGUUGACCGGAACUUGUUACGGCGUUGAAACGUCGCCGGCGGUGAGUUGACCCGGACAGAGAUGGCUGAAAAUGAGCUGAGCCUACAGAUCCGGGUGGGCAAAAUCGUCAAAAUCUGGAAUUGCAACGCUAAAUGUAAAUUCCAUGUAUAGUUGAGUAGAAUGUAUAUAUGUCUUUCUUUCUCGAAUCGAAGAACAUAAAGCUAUACAAAAUGAUGGUUGUAUCUUUUGUAGUGCAUAAUAAUAAUAUUAUUAUGUUCUAAUGACCAAAUCUGAAUCAUCUGAUGGCAAA